AUGGAAGGAAAGCAGAAAGAUUCCCUCGCCUUUCCUAUCAUAUGCCUACUCUUCUCCUUCACGUUUACAGCCUACCUCCGCCGUGCUUGGGUCCUGCAGCAGCUCCGACCAUACAAGCAUCUCAUCCGCCGUACCGUGCGCCAGUGGCAGUAUAGGAUCCGAAAAUGGAGCCGCUGGCUGCGUCACAUCACUGACAGUCGCCGCGAUGGAAACGUGGACAGAACGUAUGACACGCAUGAGCCUUCUGACACCGCCAGUGGACACCAGACAGACCUAUUCGACUUGGGCUCCCCGACAUACUCCGCCGAUGGAUCUUCGUUGGAUGGCUCAGAUAUUACCAGCUCAGACUCUGAUUCAGAGCUAAAUGUGACGAUGUACAUCCCAGACUCAUCCCAGGACAGUACCUCAAACGCAAGCAGCAGCAGGGAACACUCAUCCUUUACCCAAUCCCAACCCAUCUCCCGACCGACCUGGACAAUCGACUCCCUCGGCCGCACGAUACUCAACCGCGCCCCAGAACCCCUCCCCCGUGCGCAGUGGGAAAUUAAGCUCGAGGAGCACAUCCACAACGGCCGCGGGCCCGGCGCCUGGCUCGACAGGAUAAUAGACUGGAUGGCCCGCCGUGUCGCCGCAGACUUCGAAGCUGAGGUGCGCGCUGAAUUUGAACAAUCGGGUAUCGGCCGCCGACCGCCCAAUCCCAUCUAG